CACAUCCUUUCAAAUGCUGUCCGUGUUUCUAAACGUUGCCACGUCAUCAUCACCUUCUUCUCUGUUGCUCUUAUUUCGGGCCCCCAAACCUCAGAUGCCAUUCAAUCAUUGCGAUUAGUUUUCUCCAAAUCGAGAGAGCAAAUCCCCAGGAUUGCCGGUAGCCUUUCUUGGCCUGGAGACCUUCUGUGAUAUUCAUUACUGUCAUCAGCAACUAUCGUCUCUGUUGCAAACUAAGUAACAACUCCACUUUACAGAGGAAAGGGAUAAAAAGACACGAUUUUCUCUUGGUGUGAGAAUGGCAACCAAUGAAAAUCUUCCGCCUACUGUUAUCAAACAGCUUGCUAAGGAAUUGAAGAAUCUUGAUGAAACUCCGCCAGAAGGAAUUAAGGUUGUUGUAAAUGAUGAUGACUUCUCCACCAUAUUCGCCGAUAUUGAGGGUCCAUCUGGAACUCCUUAUGAGAACGGUGUCUUCCGCAUGAAGCUAUUACUGUCUCACGACUUCCCUCAUUCUCCACCCAAAGGUUACUUCUUGACAAAAAUAUUCCAUCCAAAUAUUGCAACAAAUGGGGAGAUAUGUGUCAACACGCUGAAGAAGGACUGGAAUCCAAGUCUUGGUCUACGACAUGUUUUGCUUGUCGUGAGAUGUCUACUGAUAGAACCGUUUCCUGAGUCAGCACUUAAUGAACAAGCUGGUAAGAUGUUGCUUGAGAAUUACGAGGAGUACGCGAGACAUGCAAGGCUAUAUACCGGUAUUCAUGCCCUUAAACCCAGCUCCAGAUCAAAGACCGGAGCUAUCACGGAGUCAACCACGGCUUUGAAUGUGGAUCAAACCAACACAGUUCUUAGUAACAGCAAAGUGCCCCUGGCUCCGACAGCAUUGAGCACAUCUACUGCAUCUAAAGGAACUGCAGCAACCGGACUGGAUCCAAAUGUUGUGAUCUCUGGACCAACAAAUGAGCCUGCCACAGGACCAGCUGCUGCUAUCCAAAAGAAGGAAGCACCAAAUGCGGCCGCAGCAGCGAAAUCUCAAGUUGAUAAGAAGAAAAUUGAUGCCAGGAAGAAGAGUCUGAAGAGAUUAUAGGGAAGUGAAAAAGCGAGGAAGGGUGGGGAUAUGAAUUAGAUAGAUAUGCAAACUAGUGGUACUGAAAUUGUUGUGGGAGAAGAAUAAACAAAACAACAAACAAAACAUUGAGAGUUUGAGGGGCACUUGUUAUGUCAUUUUGGAAAUUAAAACUCCCUUAAAAUGAUAAAAAUUUCAAUUUCUCA